GGAAGUAGUAAUAUGGUUUAAUUUUGUGUAGGUUUAUACUUGCACACUUAUUUACUAUACAGUCAGUGGUUUAUUCUAAAGUGAACUACAGUGUUCGGUCUUGCUUUGGUAGGUUGUCGUUCACCGCUGUUCAAGAUAUGGACCUCAAACACAGGGAGGUGGCACAGUGGCUGCAAGAGGUGUAUGGAAAAGAGCAAGUUCCUCCAUACGAGAAAACUGAAUGUACCAUUAACAUUCUUUAUCAACUGAUGACGGCGAGUAAAUGCUCGGAAAAAAAUGCCAAGGUUCUUGCAUCGGAUUAUGCUCUCAAAGCAUCAGAAUAUAGCGCUGAAGGCAGGCAGCUGAGAGAAUGGUUGGAACAUGUGAAAAUCAAGGAGAAUAUAUUAUCCCCAGAAGGUCAGAAAGGACUAAAGGCUCUGUAUAGUACAACUCAGGUUCUUGAUGUCCAGAUCCCCACAAGUACUAAUAUUAUCCUAGCUAUGAACCAGCUGGAAAUGGACUACAUGCAGGUGAUGAAUGAGCGUGAACAUGAGAAGAGGCAAACUGCUUGCUUGUUAGAGACGAAUCGAGACUUCUCUCGCAAACUCAAGGAAAUUCAAGGAAUAUUUCAGCAAGCAGAAGCAACGUGGGCACAACAGCAGGAAGAACACGCCAAGGAUGUUGUGCAAGAGACAUUUAUAAAAGAAAAAUGCAAAAAUUACUCAACUGACAUCAAUCAGUAUGAGGCAAAGUUGAACCAAGUUGCAAUGUCGAAGAACAUCAAACAUAGCACUCUUGUGAAGCAGUCGUUGGAACUUCAAAGUCUGGAAAAGCAGGUUAAUAACUUGGAGAGCAAGCUGAAUAACUACACACUCCCACCAGAUAUCAUGCUGGCCGAGGUCAAGGUCCAGGAGGCACGCCAAGAAUUAGCAAACUUGAUGGACAAGUUGACUAGGUCUUGUAAAUAGACCCUCAUGCUGCUUUAAUAUUUUCUUUACACAAGAAUAUACAGUACUUUAUUAACCAAGUAGGUAAAAAUUAUUUUUAUAACUAAUGAAAUUUUGGCAGGAAUAAAAUACAAAUAUUUUGUACUGUAUUCUUCUCCUUUUAUGAAGUUUAUAUUCUUGGCUCAGGAAGCUUUUUGUUAGGGACUUUUAUCAUUUUGUUUUUUCAGGCGAGUGUUGGAUUUUAUAUACUGUAUUGUCCCUGUGUACUGAAUAACCAUACACAGUUUAUAGUGCAAUGGUAUUUUUUGCUAGAGCUCUUUAAAAUGAGAAUUUUUUUAUAUAUAUAAUUAAUCACUCUGAAUUUUCAUUCCUUACUGCAAAAUCAAGUACAGAAUACAGUAGCUGUUCUUGAAAUUCUGUACUCCACCAUAUCCAUGUUUAGUGUUCCUGAAUAUUGCCGUUCAGAGGGUCAUUAGAAUUGUCAAGUCUGCAUUGCUGGCAAGACAUCUGUUGUAUAAAUGGUGGUGAGUGUUUCCAUUUUCAGUUCAUCCUAACUUGGAAAUAGCCAGUAUGGUAAAAAAAAAAAAAAAAAUGCUAAUUUCUCUUUCCAAUUUCUCGAGUAAGUCGUCUUUGUUGAAUUAAUAGUAGAGCUUUUUUUCAAGUUGGACUUUUUCACCAGAUGAUCCAACAGUUAAAAUAAAGAUAAAUGCUGAACCAGAAAGGAUCAUACUGGAAUGCAUUACUAAUUCUUGUCACUUCUGCUCAAGUGACUAAAUACAUAACAGGAGUUCUGGCUCUUUCCACAGGUAGAUAAAUAACACGUGCAACAUUAAGGUAUCUUUGUUCAGAAAAGUUUUGCCUACAGGGUAGGCUUCUUUCAGUUGAAUGCAGAGGCAGUGAAAGCAGUGAUAUAGAGACGAUGUAAUCAGUCCAUCACCCUUGACUGACCACCUCAACUUUGAAGUGGUCAGUCCCUCAGCCUGGAGAAGAGUUCUGCUCCACAGUGUGGAACAUUGUGAAGCUGAAGCAUUCGGAUAAAGACUUGUAUACUGGCAUGGGUGAGGCGUAAAAGAUCUUGACAAGAGGUAAGGCCCAUUAGUAGAAGCAAAAAUGUAAUAGAGAGGUAUUAUAGCAAGCCUGGGGGUAGGCGAAAUGUUUUGGAAUAAAGUUACCUUAAUGUUGCAAGUCUAAUAUAUCUACUUGUCAGUAUUAAUAUACCAUUCUUGUACUCACAUUCAGACACUGCAAUGGUAUCUUGAUACAGAGGACAUCUUUGAUAACUAUAUUGCCUGGCCACUAGUUAAAAGUGAGAGUAAGGAAUGGAAUACACAGACAGGAACUGUGGGCAUGGAAGGUAGUUUACCUUGGAGCAAGGUUAGGCUUUCCUCAUAACAGUUUCAUUUGUCUAACUGCCAUAUGGAGGGAGACCCCACAGUGUGGCAUAUUUUCUCCUAAAUUUAUGACGUGCUCUAGGGUUUUCCUCUCGUGCGCCAUGAAAUUUGGCUCAAAAUUUCAGUUAUGUUGCUCAGAUGUGUUAUUCAAGAUUCUGCUUUAAUACUAAGCUUCAUAAAAACCAUUAUAAAUGACUGAUUUUUUUUUCAAGGAAUCAGUAGGAUUGGAACAGUUUGAAUUCCACCCAUUCAUUGAAAAAGUUUAGUCAUUUAUUAGUUUUUCUGAAGCACUGACAAUGACUUACAGGUACAAGAGCUAGAUAAGAUUGUAUAGACUACUGGUGAUUAGUAUGUCCAUAAAAAUCUGUAGUUGAUGCAGUGGCUGGGGUGCCUGUAGACAUUUCCUGAAAAAAGGUCAAAUUUCUUAUCACCACACAGUGGUAAAAUGUAGAUUUAAUACUUGGUCUCUGGUUCAAAUCGUGGCAUUUCCUUGAUAAAACGCCUAACUAAAUUUAAGCUGACAAAAUAUUUUGGAUAAGAUUAGGCAGCUAAAUUAUGCUGUAGUAGAUGUAUAGUAUCUUUUAGGUCAGUUCAGCUUGUUUGAUUCUUAUAAAGGAUAACAUGCAGUAUACUGUACAUGUAUAUACCUAAUUACCUUUCAGUCUUCUAGACUGUAUGAUACAUUAAUUGGGAGGCACUAAACCUGUAUGUGGGAAAGCAGGCUAAGUAAUCCAAGAAAACGAAUUAGUGUGGGUUAUUCCCACUGAAGUAUUUUUUUUUUUUUUCAUAUCCUCAAAAUGUGACCCAUAAGUCUGUCAGUUCCUGGGUAUUCAUUUACUGUUUGGUGUUGGUUAUCAGGUGUUAGAAGACUCCCAUAAUCCAGUCUUGCCCAGGCUUGAUCCUGGGUACUUCAUUUGCAAGCCAAACACUGUAGUACUUAUUUCCCAAUAAAUGUUAAUAAGGAAAGCAAAUAAAAGACUAUUUGCUA